GGAUUGCGGUUGAUGAUCCUGAUUAUUUUACUUUUGACCGUGACUGCCUCGCAACUAUAAUCAGUUGUGAAGAAGCACCCGCGGAAGCAAUUGAGCGAGCUAGCAAAGCGCUCACUUUAGUACAGCCAUUUUGGAUUGGGUUGCGACCGUUCAAUCAUUCAACAUUCCUGAUUGCGAUUUGGAAUAACGAAAAGAAGUCGCCAUUAAUUAUUGACUUUUGGAAGACAAUUAUUUCAGUGCAGAAACGCAAAUUAGUAGAUUCAGUUGAACGUACAGUUUUGUUGGAUGAGCUCACCACUAGUGCUAUACGCUCAACCCUUCAAAAUGAUAAUCAAGUACAUCUUGUUCGAGAGAAUGUUACGAACCGCCUAAAACACCAUCGAGAUGAAGAAGAAACGGAAAGAGCCUCGACUCGAUUAAAAAAGGCGUUUUCUAGAAGUUCAAUGGAAGGACCAGAUAUUCGGAACUAUUUCUCGCAGAUUCGCUCAGAACAGGAUGAACAAGAUCAACGAUCUCGAACUCCUGAAGAUCGAAUCUAUUCUCGAUAUCAACCACAAGAUCUCGACGAACUACUUGAGGCUGAUCUUGGAAAAUUUGAGGAAAACCAACCUAUUACUAACAAUGAAAAACUCAACCAGAGUAAAACAAAAGCUGAUAGCCGAAAACCUGCUAACAAAGCACCAACAUCUACUAAUACUGUUAAGGGUGGGAAAAAAAACAAUACUGAAAAAGAAAUUUUUUUAGAGUUAAGUCGACAGAUUUACCCACUCAUUAAGCCUUUUAUUAAGCUUUCAAUGUUAGAAGCUGAGGAGCUAUACAGUCAAAUAGCUUGUGGUAUCAAUAUAACAGCAAGUCUUCCUGACGAUGUUAAGCAAUAUCUUAAGAGAAUACUUAAUGGUGAUAUUAAAAAUGCGUUGGGCAGGUUGGAUCAACCGCUUAUUGAUAAUCCAAGUCCAUUAUUGUUAUGGACAAGAGAAGUUUCCCGUCAUUUCAUUCUAUACUACCAUUAUGGCGCAAAAUUGUAUCAGGAAAAGAAUUGUAUUGGCGAAAUUGAUAAUGAGGCCCAUAAUGAUAGGACAUACAAUAUCAACUAUGAUCAAAAGCCAUCUAAUAGUGGAUGUGUCCCUAAGAACGAUGCAGUUAUAUAUCAAGACAAGUCAGCAACUAUUAUAUACGAGCAAUCUUAUAGCCCAAAAGAAUACACAUUUUCACAUUAUCUUGGAGAUUUUUCUAAGCUUGCAUGUAAUAGUGUUGAUGAUUUGAAUUACUAUUUCACACGAUAUGCCAAUUGUACUACUGCCACUGCAAAGACCUUUAAAUCCGUGAGUAUUCAUGGAUACAAAUAUAAUGUUUCGGUAUAUGUAACAGAUAUUAUCCGUAUUAAAACAUACAGAAUUUACGAG